CAUCUCCACUCUUUGCCUUUUAUAAAGGUAUGGCUCAGAUGAGGAAGUUGGCGUGUGAUGGCCUGAGGAGCAGCUCCCGCAGCGAGCCACAGGUCCAGCUGGUGUCUGCCAGACAGGAGAUCCUCACCAGCCUGGUGUCUGCCCUCGACUCAGUGUGCAUGGCCAUGUCUAAACUCAAUGCGGAGGUGGCGUGCGUCACCGUGCACGAGGACAGCGUGAUCGCAGUGGGAACCGAAAAGGGCAGAGUGUUCCUCAACUCCAGGAGGGAAAUCCAAACGGACUUCUACAAGUUUUGCCGAACGCCGUGUCUACAGAGUCUGACUGCAGUCGGCGCCCUUACCAAAGACCAGGAGGGGGAUCCUAGCAAACUGAGUAAAGACGGAGAGCAUGGGAAGCAACGAGCGCCAUCAGACCCGCAGUCCAACAUCUUUGUUCUGAGGAAGAUGGUGGAGGAAGUCUUCACAGUGCUCUAUAGUGAGGCUUUGGGUAAAAGCAGCCUGGUCCCUGUGCCUUACGAGUGGAUCCAGAAGGACCCCGGGUGUGUUGUGGCCCACGGUUUCCCUGAGGGAAUCACCCUGAAGAAGCCAUCAGAGUAUGACACUAAGGCCCUGAUGAAGAUCCUGGAGCACAGCCACCGCAUCCACUUCACAGUAAAGAGGCAAGCUGAAGAUUUGUCCAGAGAAGCCAAGCCAAGCGCCGAGGUGAGUAGCAACCCCUCCGUCGCCGUGGGAACACAGAGCAGCCAUAUUGCUGGAAAGACGACCUGCCAGGCUGUUACCUCACCCAAUCCAGCCACCUCCAGCAACUCGGUUCUGUCAAACUUCCUGUAUGGGAUGCCCAUGUCCUCCAAGCCCCACCCUGACAGCAAGCUAGACUUCAAACCUGCAACCCUCCUCAGUCUGGGCAAGGACAGGCUGGCCAGCUGGACGGACAGGGGUUCCUCUGGGAAGGACGGAGCCAGCACGGAUGAUCUAACAAGACUUCCUGCUGAUCAGGGGCAGAGUCCCCCUGGCGUCCACAUCUCUAAACGACUGCUCUUCUCUAUCGUGCAUGAAAAAUCAGAAAAAUGGGACUCCUUUAUACGGGAGACUGAAGACAUCAAUACGCUGAGAGAGUGCGUUCAAAUCCUGUUCAACAGCCGAUACGCGGAGGCUCUCGGUCUCGACCACAUGGUGCCUGUUCCCUACCGCAAAAUCGCCUGCGAUCCAGGAGCCGUGGAGAUCAUCGGCAUCCCGGAUCAGAUCCCCUUCAAGAGGCCGUGCACGUACGGCGUGCCCAAGCUCAAACGCAUCCUGGAGGAGCGCCACGGCAUUAGAUUCAUCAUCAAACGAAUGUUUGAUGAGAGGAUUUUUACUGCUGCAGGCAAGAUUGCCAGGGAGGAGGGGAAGCUGGACACGGGCCCCGCGCCUGAGGACGGCUUCUCGGACUGUCUGGGCAUCCCUCCCACCACGGCCGAGCUGCUCAGCAACGCUCACAGCAGCAGAUCAACGAGUGCUUGUGUGAGUCCCCAGGCUGACUCUGAUGCAGGUCCUUCAGGAGAUGCAGUUCCUGUGAGGAGGAUUAAAAUGGAGCCUCCAGAAGGGGAUGUCAUUCAGGUUACAGUGCCUGAUGCUAGCGCUAGCGGGGAGGAGCCUGUUGAGUGUUUGGCCGAGCCGGUUCCAUCCGCUCCGUCUCCAACCACGGCUUCGCCCACCUCGUCUUUGACCCCUGCUCCUCCGCCUCCCCACCACCCAAAGGAGACCCCCCCAGGUAUACUCACCUUCAUUACAUCUCUCCUCCAUGUAACUGACCUCCUUACAGUGCAGCUCCUCCCAGCUUCCCGCUCUGCCCUUCAUUAGGUAGCCAAACGAAGCACGUUUGAACCACGAUUUUCUUCCCUUUUUCACAUCCUUAAAACUAAACCUCCUCCGUCACUAUUAGCCUCCACCCCAACCUAAAAAAUCCCCAUCUGUGAUUUAACCUCCUAUAGCCCCCCUCCUUUUAAGGUUAGCUUUCACCUGCAAAAAGCACCAUGCAUCAUGUGUUCCACCUCAGUCUGAACGCCUGUAGUUUGAAUUCUGAGUUAUCUGUGAAAAAUCACUGAAAUAAACACAUCUGUGAUUACAAACGGUGCAUUGUGCAUUUUGCAGGUUUGAGUGUUUUUAGAAAACCGUUUGUUAUUUCUGCCCUCAACUUACUAAUAGCCUCUCCCUGAAACUAUGGCUAGAUUAACACAACCAAGAACAUUUGAGUUCACUCUGCUCCUCCGAUGCAGAUAAACCAUCAGUUAUUUUAGGUCAUAAACAUUUCAGUUUGUCUAUUUUUCUUUAAAGCGCCCACAUAAUGCUCAUUUAGUUUGGAAUUACAGGGAAAACAGCUCUGUGUUUAGAAAGGGUCAUAAAAGUGAACACACCUCUGCUAAAAACUCAGGUUUUAAUUAUCAGUAAAUCAUCUUAUUGUGACACAUAUCCAGUCCAAAUCGACAAAAAAAAGAAAGUUAUUAGGAGGAAACAUUUCACCCUUAAAAUAAUCCUUGCUUAAACAUAUUUUGGUUUAAUCAUUAUCCAGUG